GUACACGGUUCCUUCGGAGAUUCUCUUGCAAAUGAAGAGAAUAAGGACACAUGAGGAGAUGUUGGCGGACAACGAGCUCACACAGUUUGAGGAGCAUAUGGGAAGAGCCAUGUUUAUUUCUCACCAGUGGCUCGGUAGCAAGCAUCCAGAUCCCUGUGGCCAGCAGAUAAAGGUGCUGCAGGCAGCGCUGUCAAACAUCCUUUCUGGUACCAGCCAGGUGUCAUUGCCCAUUGUGACCGAGAUCAUUCAUGGCAGAUGGGCCUGUCCUACUGCUGCUGAGUUCAAGUCCCAGGAACUCUUUAUUUGGUAUGAUUACUUCUGCUGCCCACAAGAAGCAUCUGGGCCUGCAGCCCACAGCCGGCAGCGCGCCAUCUACAGCAUUCCUUCUUACAUCGCCAAGUGCGAACUCUUCGUGAUUCUAUGCCCUGCCCUGCGGCAUGAUGACGGCUCCAUGUUGAGUCAGGCA